GCACAGUUUGAGCUCACUUGAGACAUCACAGCUAGGAAACAUUAAGAUUUGUCAUGUAUUCAUUGCUGGUCAUAGCUCUGCUGGCUUUGGCUGUGUCAGGGCCAGCCACGGCCUUUGUCUCCAUUGGGGGUGGAGCAUCCACUCAUGUCACCAUUACAGGAACGGCUCUAUUGCAGAAAGUGACAGAGACAUGUCGGGCGGUGGCUGAGAAGAAUGGUUAUGAGUUCAACCCCACGGGCUCCUCUCCUGAAGAGCUGGUCCAGGCCUGUUUAGGUCCCACAGCAACAGGAGACGUGUCUGGUGCCAAGUUUCAUUCUGCUCUUCAAGACAUUUACACUCAGAACGGACUGGUAGACCGCGACUUUGCCAACAGUCCUCCACAUCACUUCAAUUCUGAGGCCUUCUUGGAAGGACGUGGCCUGAUCACUCAGGGCAUGUUGGCCAUUAAGGCUAAUAUUCGCAAUCAGAACUUUCCCACUGCAAGGCAAACACUGGGUAGAGUCCUUCACACACUACAGGACUUUUACAGCCACAGUAACUGGGUCGAGCUGGGUUACACAGAACCAUAUAUCAACCUCAUAACCCCAGGCCUUCCCCUAGAUAACCUGGCAGACAUGAACACUGCUACCUGCAGUGACUGUGCCAGUGGAACUUGCUCUAAUCAGCUGCUCCCCAACAUCCUAAAAGAGAAGAAACUCACAUCUGGCUAUAUGGGAAUCUAUUCUUCUUUUAAGCCUAAAGGUAAAUGCAGCCAUGGUGGUGCAGCUGAUCUCACUAGCACAGAAUCUCCUCGAGGAGGCAUCAGCAAAGAUGAGCGUCGCCAAGACAACUUGGCUUUACACAAUGCUGCUGUGAAUGCAGCCACAACCGCCACCCUCCAGCUGUUGGAGGACGUCCGUUUAGCUGUAGGGGACGAUGACUUCCUGAGAAUGAUGGGGAUUGCUCGCUCAUCUGUUGUGUGCUUUGUAAUUGACACCACCGGCAGUAUGUCAGAUGACAUUGAAGAAGCAAGAUCAGUUGCUUAUGAAAUUAUUGACAGUUACAAAGGAACUCAAGAUGAGCCCUCAGAGUACAUCCUGGUGCCUUUCAAUGACCCUGACUUUGGCCCCAUAAUCAGAACAACAGAUGCUAAUAAGAUAAAAGAAGAAAUCUCUAAGCUCAAUGCAGAUGGUGGAGGUGAUGCUCCUGAGAUGUGCCUGUCAGGACUUCAGCUGGCUCUGACUGGCGCCCCUUCCUCAUCCUACAUCUAUGUAUUCACUGAUGCUAAAGCAAAAGACAUUGAGCUCAAAGACUCAAUUAUAGCUCUCAUUAGGAGCACCCAGUCAAAGGUGUCAUUCUUCAUUACUGAAAUAUUUGGCAGGCGCCGUCGUUCUCUCAGAGCUGCUGCCUUUGGUGACUACAGGGAGAUAGCUCUGGUCUCUGGAGGCCAGGCCAUCCAGGUCUCAAAAUCAGAGCUUCCUCAAGCCACAGACAUUAUCCUUGACACCUCGACUUCAGCUCUGGUGACAGUUCUUCAGCGAGCAAGAAACCCUGGAAAGCAAGAGACAUUCUCCUUUGUUUUGGAUGAAUCACUGAAAAAUAUCACUAUCUACAUCACGGGAACAGCCAUUACUUUCAUGCUGACGGACCCUGCUGGUGUAACUCAGAGCCAAAACGAGGCCAGUGGUAAACUGGGGACCAUAAAGGCUGUGGGCAACUUGUGGAGAAUUCGUCUCAACUCUGACAAGCAGACGGGACCCUGGCAGAUCAACAUCAACUCCAACCAACCAUACACACUUCAAAUCACAGGCCAGAGUACAAUUACCUUUAUCUAUAACUUUGUGGAAAGCUUUGCUGGACCUCACCCAGGUUAUGCAGUGCUCACUGGACUUCCGCAAGCAGGCCAGCCAGCCACUCUGAUGCUCUCAGUUAUGGGUAGAAGAGGUCCGUCUUCGAUAACUACUGAACACAUCGGUUUGGCAAAAGUGUCAGGUUCUGAAGGUGUUAGCAACGGUGUAAUAACUGACAUGGGCAAUGGAGAUAUUCUGGUGACUGUUGAUGCAGUCCCUGAGGGGGAGUUUGUGGUCACUGUGAAAGGAACUGACAAAGUGUCAAACAGUGUAUUUCAGAGGCAGUCGACCACUCAAGUGUCUGUCUCCAAAGUGAAGAUCCAGGCUGUGGUGGGCAGCAGUGUGGAGCCAGGAGAGGACUUUAAGCUUCCUUUCAGUGUGAUGACUCAGGGCUCUGGUGGAAAGUACUCCAUCGGUGUGAGAAAUGACAGAAACUUCCCCAUGUCCUUCCCAAAUGAACUCACCUUGACAACUGGACAAUAUGCCAAUGCUACACUGACUAUAACACCACCUGCCAGCACGGAAUCAGGCACUGAUGUCACGCUGACUGUAGAAGCAAAGUCAUCCGAUGGUGUUGACUCCAAUUAUGUUGUUUUGAGAUUGUCUGUUGUUACCAAGAUUACAGAUUUUGUUCAGCCGUCAUGUGAAGGGGUUAGUGUGCAGGCUAAUGACUGCCCUCAUAAUCUGGCCCAAUGUGGCCCUUUCCAGUGGGAACUCUCAGCUAACAUUACAGAUGGAAACGGCACCGGGAUUGAGAGCAUUUCUCUCCAUCAGGGGAAUGGAACCCUCAUAUACACCUCACUGAGUGCCCCCAUCAUUCGGGCAAGCUACAAUGCCUCCUGCUGCUCACAGAUUGUUGAAAUAGUAGCUGUAGAUAAAGUUGGCAAUGUGGGAAAAUGCUACCAUUCAAUUGCUCGAUCAGGUGGCCCUCCCACUCUAACUCUGUCACUGCCACUGUGGAUUUACCUGCUGGUAUCUACCUUCUUGCUAAGGCCUUGAAGGGCUCAGGUUACAUUAUGCUAAUCUUCAGGUCUUUAAUCUGCACUGAGUUUAAAAUAUUUUAAAUAAUGUGCCUUUGCUAUGAAGUCUAUUUUGUCUGCUGGUUCUCAGCUUACAUAAAGUUUUCUUUUUCAGCCACACCCUUAUCCACAAGGGAUCACCAUAAAAGAUGAAUCCACAUUUAAUUUGGCACAGUUUAAUGCCAGUUCCCUUUCCUGAUAUUUGCAUCUCCUUCUGGUAUUGAACCAGGGAUCUUUUAAGUGUUAGUCAAAUGAGAUGACAGCUAUAAUCUGGAUUCACCAGGUAUAAA